AUCUCCAGCCUCCAUUCAGCAUCGCAGUCUCCAGAGCAGACACACAGGACCAAGAGAAGAGAAGACCAUCCUGCAGAAAGGGAUUUGGCUGCUCUUUUUCCUGGUCCUGUCUCCUGGUCCUUCCCCGAGCAUCAUGUCUGCAGGGGGAGAUUUUGGAAACCCACUGAGGAAAUUCAAGCUGGUAUUUCUAGGAGAACAGAGCGUUGGAAAGACGUCUCUCAUCACGAGGUUCAUGUAUGACAGUUUUGACAACACGUAUCAGGCUACCAUUGGAAUAGACUUUCUGUCAAAGACAAUGUAUUUGGAGGAUCGGACGGUCAGACUGCAGCUCUGGGACACAGCCGGACAAGAGAGGUUCCGCAGCCUCAUCCCAAGUUAUAUCCGCGACUCCACCGUGGCUGUGGUAGUAUAUGACAUUACAAACUUGAAUUCCUUCCAUCAAACAUCUAAAUGGAUUGAUGAUGUCAGAACAGAGCGAGGAAGUGACGUCAUAAUUAUGCUGGUUGGAAAUAAGACCGAUCUUGCAGACAAAAGGCAGAUCACCAUUGAGGAAGGAGAACAACGGGCUAAAGAGCUGAGUGUCAUGUUUAUUGAAACUAGUGCCAAAACCGGAUACAAUGUUAAACAGCUGUUUCGUAGGGUGGCUUCUGCCUUGCCAGGCAUGGAGUGCACAGAGGAAAAGACCAAGGAUGGAAUGAUUGACAUAAAACUUGACAAACCCCAAGAACCGCAAGUUGCUGAUGCUGGGUGCUCUUGUUAAUAUGCAGCGCAUGACAGGUGAGAGGCCAGAGGACAUGUGCUUAGCCCCAAGAUGCUUCCUAUUGGUUAGCCUGGAAAAACAAACAUUCGGAAACCACAUCUAGAGAAGUUCAAGAUCCACCACUGUUCCUGAUCUCUUCUUUCCCUGGAGACCUAGUUUGCCUUUUGUCUACUUUCUUUGGUUCCUGUGUUGGUCUUGAGUCUUUCCCCCUCUCUUCAGAGAUGUUUGACUCAUUUCACGUUUAUUCCACCAUGUCUCUUCUUUCUGACCCUCCUGUGCUCACAUUCCCAGUUCCUUCUAAAUGCACCUUGAGAUUAUUUGCUAACACGUGUACAGUAUCACUCUCUUACUACCAAACAACUAGAUGUAGAAACCUAGAACAGUUCACCAAGUGGCUUAAACUCUACUGACUAGUAAAAGCCAAGAAUAGCCAAAUAAGUGUAAAUUAACUUGAUCUAAAUGCACACGAUCUCCCCAGUAGUUCACUAAGAUUAAUCUGAUUGAAUUUGUAAGUUUCUUUUCUCUCCCCCUUUCACACCAAAACUGUUUCCCUUCUUAUAAGAAUACAAAAAAGUUCCUGCUGUUCCUAACAUUGACCUUCUAUUUUUAUUUUCACUUUUUUGUUGUAAUAUAUAUAUAAUUGUACUUUAUUAAAAUUGCCAAAAACUAUAUGACGGGAUGUGUGUAGCACAUUGUAAUUUAAGGGGUUGCGUUUCAUCAGGAGACACAGGU